AUGGAAACUGAUACCAAGAGCAACAAUGAAACAGAUCUAACCCUUGGGUUCCUCUCCGCUUCCCUAGCCAUCAUUUUGUUUGGCUCCAACUAUGGACCACUUACAAAAUGUGAAACUGGUGAUGGAAUGUUUCUCCAGUGGGUACUUUGCGCUGCCAUAUGGUUGGUUGCUUUGGUGGCCAAGCUGAUAUUACACUGCCCUAAAUUCUGGCCUUUUGUGAUGGUUCAGGGCUGCUUUUGGGCUACAGGGAACAUUGCUGUUGUCCUGAUUAUGAAAACCAUUGGUUUAGGCCUUGGACUCUUAAUCUGAGGAUCAUUUAAUGCCAACAGUUAAGGCUUAACUGGUUGGGCAAGCUCAAGGUGUGGCUGGUCUGGAAUGGAUGCAGGAGUAGCAAAACCACUGCUGAAUUACUUUCGUGCUGGGCUAUCAGUAGUAAGUGCUUUCAUAUUUUUGUUUAUUAGUGAAACACCAAAUAACACGUGUUCUCUGGACAUCACACUAUUAAUGACAGAACCCAAAUAUUGUUUUCAACCAAGAUUAAUAGUGAUCUAUUUGUUUUUAAGGGGCUUCAGUCUUGCAGUGAUAUCUGAAAUACUCUAUGGAUCCACAUUUGUGCCAAUCAUUUAUAUCAAGGACCACAGCAAAAGAAGUUGUAUAUAUGCAGGGGCAAGCCAGUAUGAUCUAGACUAUGUCUUUGCACAUGCCAGUGGCAUCUUUCUUACAAGUAUGGUCUGUUUCCUGGCUUACUGUGUAACCAUGAAAAAUAAUCCUAACUUAUAUCCUGAAGCAGUCUUGCCAUGAUUUCUGUGAGGGAUACUUUGGACAGUAGCCACCUGCUAUUGGUUCAUAGCUAAUCACUCUCUCGGCACUGUGGUCAGUUUUCCGAUAAUCACUGCUGGUCCAGGAUUUGUAGCUGCAAUGUGGGAAGUCUUCAUGUCUAAGGAAAUACAGGGUCAACAACAAUAUCUAUUAAUGAUAUUUGCAUUUUGCAUCAUCUUGACUGGAGCAUUAUGCACUGCUUUCCCUAAAAUCUAA